CACCACACCAACCGUUACAGUGCCAACAUCGAGCGGAUCAAGGAGAUGAUGAUCUCGAGCUCGGCCGAGGACGAGAGUGGGUUCAGCUCGAUGAACUCGUUCCAGGAGAUCGGCCUUCCGCUCAUCAACUCGACGAUGCUUUCGUCGAUCGGUUCCGUCGAUAGCAACAGCCAUCAUGGUGGCGUUAGCUCGUCUGCCUCUUCGGCGGACGCCGGCAGCAACAAUGGCAGUGGUGGUGAAGGGGGAAAUGGCUCUACUGGCACUGGUGCUGCUAGUGGUGGUGGUGGUGGUGGUGGUACGGGAACGGGAAGCAACAGUGGACCGUUCGGGCUAUCGGAUGAUUCCUCGGUACUACGGGAAAACACCGUCAUUCCGACGAAUGCUGGCUCCACCGUGAUUAGCAGCAAUAGUGCCAACAGACUAGGGAUUCCAUCGUCACCAGCCAGAACGACGGUGGCAUCGACGACGGUGAGCACGAGCAGCUCCACUUCCCCCCCAACAACGACCACCUCGAGCACCAACGGCAUCGCCAAUGGACCGGCGGCGGUCAAUGGAAGUCCGCUGCGUGCGACUCAGAACUCGAGCUAUGAGCAUCAUACCCACUUCGUCAACCAUCGACGCUGGGACUCUGCCCCGGUGGUGCCGCCAAAGCUGAAGAUCCACACCGGUGAAACUGACACCGUUUCGCGGGUGCUCUGGGUGUAGCAGACAUAGAGGCGGCUCCAACCUGUUGGUGCUGGUGCUGCCGACGAAGCCGCCGCCACUACUACCGCUAGCCGUCGCCGGACCGGCUUCUUUGCAUUUGUUUCUGACUGUGUUUGCGUCCGAUGAAGGAUCACCGUAUCAUUUGAGGGUCUUUUCCAUGCGUCCAUCAGUCGGAUUUUGUACAGUUCUCGUUCGAUUCGCGAUCGAUUACAGGUUCCAUAGAUUACCAUAGGACACACGGAUACGCAUGCGCGAUACGGUUUUGCGGGGUUGCGUGCCCAAUGAGUUGAUGAUUGCAUUUAGCUUCUCUUUUAGCCUCCAACGACCGCUAACGUUGGAAAACCCUUGCCGGAGAUAAUAUCAUAAUACUAAACAUGUUGAUAAGAAGAUGAUAAUCGAUCGGUCGCCCUUGGACGAGUUACUGGAAAAACAUUUUCUUGUUUUCGUUAUGAAACUGAAUGCGAAAUGUAUAUUUUUACCUGUGGAUUUGACUUCACACUAUCAAUUGAAAUGCAGCGUUUCGAGGUGGUUUGUGAAUGGUUAAAGGAAGAUACAUAAUUAACAGACCCAGUAUGAUUGGGGUGUUAAUGCAAACACACUCACACACAACACACUACCAAAGCCGUGCAAAGGAAUACAAAGAACCGAAUGAAAUGGCUUCCAGAUGGAGUAAGGGAGCAGAAGAGCUCCAAGAGAACUGCGAGAGGAAUAGGUUAUCGGACACUGGAGCUCUCGACCUAGCUCCCGUAUACUAUGUUUUCUUUAGUGUUUUAUGUAUCAGUUUUAAAUUAUAUUUCAUCGCUUCCUCCAUUUCGAGAUACGUUGCUCGUUUGUACAUGACUCAAUGGUAGGAAAGUGUGCUAGUAAAUACGAAGUCUUGUGUCUCUUCCCCAUAAGCAAGCAAAGAAGGAAUAGCAAAUUAAACGAUAACUAAUAUGUUUAAAACGCAAGAUGAUGGGAAAACCUACUGCGCAGUAAACUAAAAUCAAACUUAGACAUUACAGCAAGCGGACGAAUGAGCGAGAAAAGGAUAACAGUAAUGAUAAUAGCUUGUAGCGUUUGAUAACCUAGCUGCUAAAUAACCGGUACCGAAUAUGUCCAGCAUUUAAACCAGAAAACAGCGUAACCAUGGCAAAUGUUGCUUUUAUGUUAUCGAAGGAGCAAACGAUCGACACUUACCACGGCAACCAAACAACAGGGAAGCAUUACAAUAAAUCGGUCAAAUCGGAAAAUAGUGAAGCGUGGAUAGAGAGCAAGGGAAAUUUUAAAAAAAUGCUCGCCUUUUUUUACAAAAAGUAAUGAUUGUUCGAUGGUGAUUUUAUACAUUUGGAAUAUGAAAAAAAAAUGUUCCCACGCAGUCGAUUGUACUUAUGAAAAGGUAUCGCGAGAGCUCGAAAUCGAAUCUACAUUUCAUUUAAAUUAUAAAAUCAUUUUUAUCAACUGUCACGAAUUGAAUUGAACUUCCUUAUUCUCUAGAAACUGAACUUACCGAAUCGAACUUAUGCUGAGGAAAAGAACUUGCCGACACGCACGUGGACUGGCGUUAUCGAUAUUCCAAUUUUAAUUAUUCCCAGUAUAAUUACUAACUUCUCUACGAAUCGCUCUGGUACCGGUUCUGGUUGCCUUCUGCGACACUGAACCAUUAGCCAGAGAGAGUGAGAGAGAGAGCAACUACUAUUAAAACCAAUAUUAAACACUACCGCUAUGCGCCACCUACUGAAACUACUAAAAACAGAACGACGAGCAACGAGAUAAAGAACUACU